CGUAGAGCUACCCAGCUAACGUUAGCUGUCAGUCAUACCAAGUGUGCAGGAAUGGAGGUGACACGGAAAAAUUUUAAAGACAGUUUAAGCGUCGUGUACAACGCAAUAGAGGAGGCGGAUUUCUUAGCCAUCGAUGGAGAAUUUUCAGGUAUAAGCGAUGGGCCCAACGUCAGUGCGCUAACUAAUGGGCUGGAUACGCCAGAGGAAAGAUACAUGAAGCUUAAGAAGCAUUCCAUGGACUUUCUACUAUUCCAGUUUGGGCUAUGUACAUUCAAGUAUGACCAGGCAGAGUCAAGGUACACCAUGAAAUCUUUUAAUUUCUAUGUAUUUCCAAAACCAUUCAGCAGGACAUCCCCUGACAUCAAGUUCAUCUGUCAAAGUUCUAGUAUUGACUUUUUGGCCAGUCAGGGGUUUGACUUCAACAAAGUAUUCCGUGAUGGGAUUCCAUACCUAAAUCAGGAAGAGGAAGCCCACCUGAGGGAGCAAACAGAGGAGAGGAGGAAUCAGCAUGCUAAUGGAUUGGGGACACCAUCCUAUAUCUCCCCGUCCUCCUCUAAAGGCCCUUCUCAUGUGCCUGAAGACCAUAAAGACUUCAUCAACAGGGUGGUAGAAAAGGUUCAGGCCCUGUUUACUAAUUCAGAGAAGACUUUGGAUUUGGAGCCAUGCACUGGGUUUCAGAGAAAACUGAUAUAUCAGACACUGAACUGGAAGUUUCCCAAGGGGCUUCAUGUGGAAACCAUGGAGACAGAAAAGAAAGAGCGAUAUAUCCAGAUCAGUAAAGUGGAUGAGGUGGAGAGGAAGAGGAGAGAACAACAAAAACUUGAGAGGGAGCAGGAGGAGCUAAAUGAUGCUGUAGGCUUCUCCAGAGUCAUCCACGCAAUCUCUAAAUCUGGUAAGAUGGUGGUUGGCCACAACAUGCUGCUGGAUGUCAUGCACACAAUCCAUCAGUUCUACUGCCCCCUCCCAGAGGAUCUUCAAGACUUCAAAGAGGUCACCCAGUGUGUCUUCCCAAGACUGUUGGAUACCAAGCUGAUGGCCUCCACUCAGCCUUUUAAGGAGCUGAUAACUAACACUUCCCUGGCAGAACUAGAAAAGCAGCUGAAGGAGGGCCCCUUUAAGUCACCUAUCGUUGAGACAGCUGAAGGUUUCCCUAGUUAUGACACAGCCCAGGAACAGCUCCAUGAGGCAGGUUACGACGCCUACAUCACUGGGCUCUGUUUCAUUUCCAUGGCCAACUACCUGGGCUCAUUCUUGACUCCACCUAAAGCCCAUAUUUCAUCCCGCUCUAAACUAAUAGAGCCAUUCUUUAAUAAACUUUUCCUAAUGAGGAUAAUCGAUAUUCCCUACCUCAACAUUACUGGACCAGAUUUACAACCUAAAAGAGACCAUGUUCUGUAUGUCACCUUCCCAAAAGAAUGGAAGACCAGUGACCUCUACCAGCUCUUCAGUGCCUUUGGUAAUAUCCAGGUGUCAUGGAUAGAUGACGUGUCGGCCUUCGUCUCCCUAAGUCAGACAGACCAAGUACAGAUAGCCAUGAACACCAGUCGUUAUGCGGAGAGUUACCGGAUCCAGACAUAUGCAGAGUACCUCAAGGGCAAGCAACAGGAGAAGGAAAAGCUUGUCCAGACUGCCCACUCCUGGGGAGAGGACGGUUGGGUAAAACAUCAAUAUACUUCCUCCACUGCCGGAACAACUGGAUAUGGUUACAGCAGGGCUUUGGGAAAGCGUAGCAUGAGUCCUGUUCAAGGGGAGCAAGGUAGUGCAGAGGCUUUGAUCUCAGAUGGUUGGAACCACUACACACAUGUGGAAAGUACAGGAAACAAGAAGAUCAAGACUGAUGAUCUGUGCGCACAGACAUAUGCAGGAGUAGUUGACAGCAGGACAUCAGAAGGAUGGCUAAAAACACAAUCCACAACAGAUUCAACAGGGUCUAGUCCAAUCAAUGCAGAGGGAAGUCCCGAGAGCAGAGAUCCAGCCAGUGAAGCGGAGGGAAGACUCUCCUGGCAGCAGCCCUCCACCAACCAGGGCAAGAAGGGUCGAAAGAACAAGAAGAGAAAGACUGAAGAAUCUACAACAUCCUUGUUUGACGUACCUGACGUUUGGUAACGAGAGGAGAGGAGUGGAUGGGACCAUGCCACUACUCUAUCAAGGCCCGGGCGCAUACUGGGGAGCUGCCCCCAUUAUAUCUCUUUCGCACUCUGGGCCUUAUCCUUUUUUAAGGGUCAUACUUACUUGGGAUCCAGGCAUGCCUCAAGUGUGAUUGCUCCAUCUACAAUCGUGGAAACGGUUUUCAUGGCUACCAGCCAAACUACUUUUAGAACUUUAAAAGUGAAAACAAAAGCCAUAACAACAGCAGCCAUUUUCUUAGUUACAACAGUAGAGAAUCCGGAGACUUCUUGGUCGUCAUCACACGCCAUUCUAAAUUCCAUAACCUCAAAAGUAAAAAUUUCACAUUGUUUUGAAUUCUUAUAUGCUAAGGAGUAAGACUGGAAUCUUGCCACCACAGCGACAUCGCCGUUUUAACCACCGUGUCACCUCUUGUAUUGUGUGGUGUAUGUGAGUUUGUGCAUGUGGGGGAGUUGUACAGUAGUUGUAUGCGUGUGUAUCAAUUUCCACAUUUGAACUAAAACAGGCACUUGAUUGUGUAGUUUACAAUGUCAGGACUGUAUUUUAAAAGCAGAUCUUUUUGUUCUUUUUCAUUUUUUUAAAAAAAAGCGAGUUCUGUCAACUUCUAGUUUUAUCAAAUAUAUAAGAUUAUCAAGGACAAUGUUAUAUUUAUUAUUGGUGGUAUUUUUUGUACUUUCUAAAAGAGGAGCCCGUGCCGUUUAAUUUUGUAUGGGAAUGUUUUUCUUUCUUUCUCUGUUCUGUGUCAAUGUUUUUGUAACUCCCUGCAGCUGUGUCAAAAAAAAAAUGUUCGAAUGCAUAAGAAUACCUGUACAUUUUUGUAUAAGGAAAAAUUUAAAAAUCGUAUUUCCUUACAGAGGACAAAAAUUAAAGAAUGUUUCUUAAAUAUGUUUGCAUUGUGUUGAGUUGACAAUAGUUUAAGCGCACAACAUUCAAGUGUGUUUCCACGUACACAACAGUUGUAUCUAGUCACACCCUGCACAAGCAUCAUGUCAGGCUUUUGUUUAAAUACAUUUUAAUGUGGAAGCUGUGCUUGGAAAAAUCAAGCGUGCUGGUGAUUAUUAGGCAUCAAAUAUCGUCCAGUGAACAACUUUUUAACUCUUCAUUUUGGAUCCAAAGGUACAUCUGUAAGGAUUUGCUCAUAUCAAAAUCACUUUUUCCCCCUGUUGACAUCCAUUAUUGUUUAGCCAAACCUUUUGUCUGCGAUUUAAACCGACUCAGUAUUUCAACAGAAA